AUGGAAGGACACCACAAUCUCACUCCAAGACAGGCAUUUAUCAACGGGCUAUCAACUGGAUUGAAAGAUCCAUCGGGCAAAGGAAAUCGCCGUAUUGUUCUCCAUAUAGGGUCCGAGGAUGGCUUCGUCGAGGAAGGUUUGCAGUGUUUUGAAUCGAAGAAAACAGGGGAUUAUCACGAAGAAAUGACCAGUGAAGUUUUUGAAAAGUGGUUUAUGGAAAUCGUUACACAUCUUGAUGAACAAUCUGUGUUUAUAAUGGACAACGCUUCAUAUCAUAGCAGGAAAAGUGAAAAAAUACCAAACACCAGUACGAAAAAAGCUGAUAUACAAACUCGGUUAACAAGCAAAUCGAUACCUUACGAAGAAGAUAUGGUAAGAGCUGAACUUCUACAGCUUGUGAAACGGGCAGCUGUUACACCAAAAUAUGUAGUUGAUGAAAUUGCAAAGGAACACAAUCGUAUCGUGCUGCGAUUGCCUCCAUAUCACUGCGAAUUGAAUCCAAUUGAACUGAUAUGGGCGCAAAUAAAAGGUGAAGUGGCCAGAAACAACACCACAUUUAAAAUGAAAGACCUUCAUCCACUAUUUCAACAAGCAGUGAAACAUGUUACUGCUGAAAAUUGGAAGAACGCAAUUCGCCACGCUCAAAGUGAAGAGGAAAAAAUGUGGCAAAUUGACAUUUUAAUGGACAUCGUAGUGGAGCCAUUAGUAAUUCAUGUGGGAGAUGACUCGACAUCACCGGAGUCCGAAUCCGAGUGA